AUGCCGCGCACAUCCUCUCGGCCUUCCUCUUCGCACGCCGACCACGAUGUGCCCGCAGCUCGACACGGUCGGCACGACGAUGCUCCCGACGGCCACCCGUCGAGCGAGGACGGCGACUUCUCGCCUCGCACGCGCGCGCUGCGGGAACAUUUCGCCGAGCAGGGCUACAGGGGCCACGAGGCGGGACGGUGGGACGCGAGCGACAGCUCGGAGGACGAGCGUCGACGAGCGAGAUGGGCAGGAGGCUCGGUGCGUGCGACGAACGGAGAGACUGUCGGGAGGAACCGGCGCCCUCCUGCUACCGCAGGGCAGCAACGCCUCGCCCAGCUCCGGUUCCGCAGGCGCGAUGCCAUGGUCGGCGACCAAGGUGAGCCGUCCUCGCCUCCUCGCGCUCGACACGACGACCCUCGCGACCUCGCCUUCCUGCCGAGCGACGCGGUCGAGAUGGAGGAGCCUCUCCCGCCGUACGAACGCGGCUCUCGUGCAACGACGCCGACCUCGCCGUGCCCGUCCUACGCGUCGGACGUCCCGCCGUACUCGCCGGGCUCGGGCAGGUGGGCGCACAGGCAGAUACGUCGCAGCGGUCACUCUCUCGCCUUGUCGUGA